CGAGGGGAUGAGGGGAGCAUGGGCGCCAAGGAGUCACGGAUUGGAUUCCUCAGCUACGAGGAGGCGCUGAGGAGAGUUACAGAUGUAGAGCUGAAACGACUGAAAGAUGCCUUCAAGAGAACCUGUGGACUGUCAUAUUACAUGGGCCAGCACUGCUUCAUCAGGGAAGUGCUUGGGGAUGGAGUGCCUCCAAAAGUUGCUGAGGUGAUUUACUGUUCUUUUGGUGGAACAGCCAAAGGGCUACACUUCAAUAACUUAAUAGUUGGACUUGUCCUCCUUACACGUGGCCGAGAUGAAGAAAAAGCAAAAUACAUUUUUAGUCUUUUUUCGAGUGAAUCUGGGAGCUAUGUUGUUCGGGAAGAAAUGGAGAGAAUGCUGCAUGUGGUGGAUGGUAAAGUUCCAGAUACACUCAGGAAGUGUUUCUCAGAGGGUGAAAAGGUUAACUAUGAAAAGUUUAGAAAUUGGCUUCUUUUAAACAAAGAUGCUUUUACCUUCUCUCGUUGGCUGUUAUCUGGAGGUGUAUAUGUUACUCUCACUGAUGAUAGUGAUACCCCUACUUUCUACCAAACUCUAGCUGGAGUCACACACUUGGAAGAAUCAGACAUCAUUGAUCUAGAGAAACGCUACUGGUUACUGAAGGCUCAAUCUCGGACUGGGAGAUUUGACCUAGAUACAUUUGGUCCAUUGGUUUCACCACCUAUUCGUCUAUCUCUGAGUGAAGGUUUGUUUAAUGCUUUUGAUGAAAAUCGUGACAAUCACAUAGAUUUUAAGGAGAUAUCCUGUGGGUUAUCUGCCUGUUGCAGAGGACCCCUAGCCGAAAGACAAAAAUUUUGCUUCAAGGUGUUUGAUGUUGACCGUGAUGGAGUUCUCUCCAGGGUUGAGCUGAGAGACAUGGUGGUUGCACUUUUAGAGGUUUGGAAGGACAACCGCACUGAUGAAAUCCCUGAAUUACACACGGAUCUGUGUGACAUUGUAGAAGGCAUAUUGAAUACGCAUGACACCACAAAGAUGGGCCAUCUUACGCUGGAAGACUAUCAGAUCUGGAGUGUAAAAAAUGCUCUUGCCAAUGAAUUUUUGAAUCUCCUCUUCCAGGUGUGUCAUAUCGUUCUGGGGUUAAGACCAGCUACUCCAGAAGAGGAAGGACAAAUUAUUAGAGGAUGGCUAGAACGAGAGAGCAGGUAUGGUCUGCAACCAGGCCACAAUUGGUUCAUCAUCUCCAUGCAGUGGUGGCAGCAAUGGAAAGACUAUGUGAAAUAUGAUAGCAGCCCUGUUGUAAUUGAACCAUCGUCUGUUCUGAAUGGAGGAAAAUAUUCAUUUGGAGCAGCAGUACAUACGUUAGAGCAGAAUGAAGAUAGACUGGGAGGUGGUAGCCUGACUUAUGUGAACACCACAGAAGAGAAAUUUUCAGACAACAUUUCGACUGCAUCUGAAGCCUCAGAAAGUGCUGGCAGCAGUUUUCUGUAUUCUGCUACACCAGGGGCUGAUCUGUGCUUUGCUCGACAGCAUAACACUUCUGACAAUAACAACCAGUGUUUGCUGGGAUCCAAUGGGAAUAUUUUAUUGCACCUUAAUCCUCAAAAACCAGGGGCUAUUGAUAACCAGCCAUUAGUAACUCAAGAACCAGUAAAGGCUACAUCAUUAACACUAGAAGGAGGACGAUUAAAGAGAACUCCACAGCUAAUCCAUGGUAGAGAUUAUGAAAUGGUUCCAGAACCCGUGUGGAGAGCUCUUUAUCAUUGGUAUGGUGCAAACCUGGCCCUACCUAGACCUGUGAUCAAGAAUAGCAAGACAGACAUCCCAGAACUAGAAUUAUUUCCUCGUUAUCUCCUUUUCCUGAGACAGCAGCCUGCCACUCGGACACAGCAGUCUAACAUCUGGGUGAAUAUGGGUAUGAUGAGCCUGAGAAUGUUUCCUCAGCAUUUACCUAGAGGAAAUGUACCUUCUCCGAAUGCACCCUUAAAGCGGGUGUUAGCCUAUACAGGCUGUUUUAGUCGAAUGCAGACCAUCAAGGAAAUUCACGAAUAUCUAUCUCAGAGGCUGCGCAUCAAAGAAGAAGAUAUGCGCCUGUGGUUAUACAACAGUGAGAAUUACCUGACCCUUUUGGAUGACGAGGAUCAUCGGUUGGAAUAUUUGAAAAUCCAGGAUGAGCAGCAUUUGGUAAUUGAAGUUCGCAACAAAGAUAUGAGUUGGCCUGAGGAGAUGUCAUUUAUAGCAAACAGUAGUAAAAUUGAUAGACACAAGGUUCCCACAGAAAAGGGAGCCACAGGUCUGAGUAACCUGGGAAACACAUGCUUCAUGAACUCAAGCAUCCAGUGUGUUAGCAACACGCAGCCACUGACAAAGUAUUUUAUCUCAGGGAGACAUCUGUAUGAACUCAACAGGACAAAUCCCAUUGGCAUGAAGGGGCAUAUGGCUAAAUGCUAUGGGGAUUUAGUACAGGAACUUUGGAGUGGGACUCAGAAGAAUGUUGCUCCAUUAAAGCUUCGGUGGACCAUAGCAAAGUAUGCUCCCAGAUUUAAUGGGUUCCAGCAGCAAGACUCCCAAGAACUUCUGGCUUUUCUCUUGGAUGGUCUUCAUGAAGAUCUUAACCGAGUCCAUGAGAAGCCGUAUGUGGAGCUGAAGGACAGUGAUGGCCGACCAGACUGGGAAGUAGCUGCAGAGGCCUGGGACAACCAUCUGAGAAGGAAUAGAUCGAUUGUUGUGGAUUUGUUCCAUGGGCAGCUGAGAUCCCAAGUCAAAUGCAAGACAUGUGGGCAUAUAAGUGUACGAUUUGACCCUUUCAAUUUUCUGUCUUUACCACUCCCAAUGGACAGUUAUAUGCACUUAGAAAUAACAGUUAUUAAGCUAGAUGGUACAACCCCUGUACGAUAUGGUCUAAGACUGAAUAUGGAUGAAAAGUACACAGGUUUAAAAAAGCAGCUGAGUGAUCUCUGUGGACUUAAAUCAGAACAGAUCCUUCUUGCAGAAGUGCAUAGUUCCAACAUAAAGAACUUCCCUCAGGACAACCAAAAAGUCCGACUCUCAGUGAGUGGAUUUUUGUGUGCAUUUGAGGUUCCCAUCCCUGGAUCUCCCAUUUCAGCAUCUAGUCCAAUUCAGACGGAUUUUUCCUCUUCCCCAUCUACAAAUGGCAUGUUUGCUCUGACCACCAAUGGAGACCUGCCUCGACCGAUAUUCAUCCCCAAUGGAAUGCCAAACACUGUUGUGCCAUGUGGAACUGAGAAGAACUUCACAAAUGGAAUGGUGAAUGGUCAUAUGUCAUCUCUUCCUGACAACCCCUUUACAGGCUACAUCAUUGCAGUCCACCGAAAAAUGAUGAGGACAGAACUUUAUUUCCUGUCAUCUCAGAAGAACCGCCCCAGCCUCUUUGGAAUGCCACUGAUUGUCCCGUGCACUGUGCAUACUCGGAAGAAAGAUCUCUAUGAUGCUGUUUGGAUUCAGGUGUCUCGAUUAGCCAGCCCACUCCCUCCUCAGGAAGCUAGUAACCAUGCUCAGGAUUGUGAUGACAGUAUGGGCUAUCAGUAUCCAUUCACUCUACGAGUCGUGCAGAAAGAUGGAAAUUCCUGUGCUUGGUGCCCGUGGUAUAGAUUUUGCAGAGGCUGUAAAAUUGACUGCGGGGAAGACAGAGCUUUCAUCGGCAAUGCCUACAUUGCUGUAGACUGGGAUCCUACUGCUCUUCACCUCCGCUAUCAGACGUCACAGGAGAGGGUCAUGGAUGAGCAUGAGAGUGUGGAGCAGAGUCGGCGAGCCCAAGCCGAACCCAUCAACCUGGACAGCUGUCUCCGUGCCUUCACCAGUGAGGAGGAGCUGGGGGAGAACGAGAUGUACUACUGCUCCAAGUGUAAGACCCACUGCUUGGCAACCAAGAAACUGGAUCUCUGGAGACUUCCCCCUAUUCUGAUUAUUCACCUUAAACGAUUUCAAUUUGUGAAUGGCCGGUGGAUAAAAUCCCAGAAAAUUGUUAAAUUUCCUCGUGAAUCUUUUGACCCUAGUGCUUUUUUGGUACCAAGGGACCCAGCUCUCUGUCACCGGAAACCACUCACACCCCAGGGGGACGAUCUCUCUGACCCACGGGUUCCAGUGGGAGAGGUGAAGAAAGUCGAAGGCCAGAACUGCUCCUCCUCAGCUGGGGAUGAAGAUAUGUCCUUGAGCAAGAGCCCGUCCUCACUCAGUGCAAACAUCAUCAGGAGCCCGAAAGGUUCGCCUUCUUCAUCACGAAAAAGUGGAACCAGCUGCCCCUCCAGCAAAACUAGUAGCCCUAACAGCAGCCCCCGGACUUUGGGGAGGAGCAAAGGGAGGCUCCGGCUGCCCCAGAUUGGCAGCAAAAACAAACUGUCAAGCAGCAAGGAGAACUUGGACACCAGCAAGGAAAACGGGCCCGGGCAGGUUUGUGAGCUGACCGAUACCUUGAGCCGAGGGCACAUGCUGGGGGGCAGCCAGCCCGAACUGGCCACCCCUCAGGACCAUGAGGUAGCGUUGGCCAAUGGAUUCCUUUAUGAGCAUGAGGCUUGUGGCAACGGCUGCAGCAAUGGUCAGCUUGACAACCACAGUGAGGAAGACAGCACUGAUGACCAAAGAGAAGCUGUUCAUGUUAAACCCAUUUAUAAUCUAUAUGCAAUCUCGUGCCACUCAGGAAUUCUGGGUGGGGGCCAUUAUGUCACUUAUGCCAAAAACCCCAACAGCAAGUGGUACUGCUACAACGACAGCAGUUGUAAGGAACUUCACCCCGAUGAAAUUGACACCGACUCUGCCUACAUUCUUUUCUACGAGCAGCGGAGGACAGACUACGCACAAUUUCUGCCAGAGAUCGAUGGCAAAAAGAUGGCAGACACCAGCAGCAUGGACGAAGACUUCGAGUCCGAUUACAGAAAGUACUGUGUGCUGCAGUAAGGCCCUGACUGGCUGCAAGGCGGGCUGCUGGCGAAGGGAAAGGGUUCCCUGCAGCUGACCUUCGGCAAAGGUGUCGCUGAGACGCAAACUAAAUGUAGUUAUUUUAUCCUGUGACCCUGAAGCACAAAAUAAAAAUCCUAAUUACAAUAGCAUUUCACAUAACAAUAAUACUACCCUUGUUCUGAGCUGUCUCCCACAAGCUCUCUGGUAGAGAACUCUCAGGCAGAGCCCACCAUUAGCCUGUAAGCAAAAGGGUUUGGCAGCAGCCACCUGGGACCAAAUAAGAACUUCACUGUGCUUGUCCGGAUUCGAACAAACAUGUAGCGAGUACAGCGUUUGCCAGUAAGCCUAAUGAGAUCCUAAGGAUUUCCUUGGAGUCAAAGAAAAACAAAACAACAACAACAACAAAAUUGUAGUGUUGUCUGGGGACGACAUGAUAUGCUACCUCCUUUUCCCCGAAGUUUUAUUCCAUUCUAUUGACAAGACAAGGAAAGCAAGACCAUGAAGAUGUGCAACGAUUCUUAUGGUGUGGACACAGAUUUUUAGACUUACUUUUCAGACCUUUCCCCCACUCUUUGUCAUGCUUUUUGUUUUUGACGUCCUGUUGGACACACCCUGUAAGUCAGGAAGGGCAGGACUCUAGAAGGGAUGGGUCCCCCCUCUGGCCGCCGCCUUGCUUGGGAGACCCUGUAGAAAGGAAAAGCAUCCUGGGAAACCCUCUCAGGCAGGAUACUUAGCGUGUCCUCAAAUGUGCUUCCCCAACCCCUUAGUGUGGCAUCAUUUGUCCCAUCUUCAUCAUCUUCAUCCACAUGCACGCGUUGCACAAGGAGCUGAGCUGAAAACCUGCCGCAGAGCCAGCUUCUGGUUCGCAGUCAGUGGUGGCUUUUUGUUUGUUGAGGUGUUUUUGCACUUUAUCGAAAGGAGAGAAUACUCAUAAAAAUUUGUUCUAAUUUGAUGGCUCUAAAUUAACUCUAAUUUGAUGGCUCUAAAUUAACUCAGAGUAGUUUCCCCUUUCUUUACACUUAAAAACAAAACAUAUCCCAAACAUUGAUUUUAUUCAUAGAUAUUUUUGAUGAAAUUGGUGGAUAUAGGAAAAAAACUUUACUUCUAUUUUGCUUAAGUGCCCUUUUUUUUUGUUUUGUUGAUUUCCCAGUUAAUUGCUUACUUUUAUUUUCCUUUCAUUAUUCAAGACUGGAACAAAGAUAAAAAUGUUAUUUAUUUAAGCCUUUUUUUGUUUUUUAACUUUUGUUAACAUAUUUCAAUAGUGUAGUGUACCAUUUUGUGUUUUGUUUGGUUGGUCCUUGGUAUUUGUUGGGGCCCUGGAAGUGAGUAGUCUCAUUGAUUGCUAGAUUGCACUAAUCUUCCUCCUUCAGAGGUAGUCGGUACCAGUGUCACUAAGCCUUUGUGUUCUGACAUCUGACAUCAGGGGCUCUUCAGCUCUCCGAGGGUCCGGAGAGAUGGUCGGAAAUGGCUACUUCAGGUCAAAACCCUUUUCAGAGGAAGGAGUGGUUUAAUGUGACCAAGUCACCAAAAUCAAGACUUCAGUGUUUGGGAGAUUUUCAAUAUACAAAAUCUGUCCAUUCUUACAUGGUCAAGUCAUGUUUUAUUUAAGCAGGUAGCACAAUCUACUAAUGUUGUUUGAUCUGUGUAUGUUAUAUUGGUUGUAAUUUUUUUUCAUUCAUGAAUUAGCAGAAAUUUUAUUAAAUUAACUAUUAACUACAUUCACCUUGUAAAUUACUGUAUAAAACUUGACAAUGCACUGACUUUAGAAAGAUGUUAAUGUACAUAAAUAGAGUGUAAAUAAAAGUGUUGAUGUACCGAAAUAUGAACUGUAUAAAAAAGUAUUGGUAAUUGUAUAUGGAGUGUUCCUGUUUAUCUGUAACUAUUAUCCAAACAAAUUAAAUACUGUGGAUGCUU